UUUUCCUCAAGAAAACCAGAAAUUAUUUUUUUACGUAGAUAUGCUGAUAUAUUUUGACGGCGCUUCUUGCCAGUUCAAGUUUUAUUUUGCUGUUUUCUAAAUCUAAAGGCCUGUAGGUUUCUCACUGGCUUUGCACGUGCACAAUAUGGACCUGGAAAUACUUCAUCUAAUUGACGAGGAGUUGAGUACGGAGGAGGUGGAUGCACUGAAGUUUCUCUGCAUGGACGUCCUCAGCAGAAAACGUUUAGAAGCCGUGAAGGAUGCUAAAGACCUGUUCUUAAGGCUGUAUGAGCAGGACAAAUUUAAUGAUGAACAUUUUCUAUCCGUGCUGCUCUACACGAUCGGACGCUAUGACUUACUCCUUAUCCUGGGCACCAGCAAACAAAAUGUCAAACAUAUCCUGCAAACCCAGAAUAAGGCCAGUGUUACUGCAUACAGACAAAUGCUGUAUAAGCUCUCUGAAGAAGUAACAGAUGAACACCUUCGUAACAUAAAAUUCCUUCUGAACGACAUGCCCAAAUCAAAACUUGAACAUGCUACAUUUCUGGAUAUCAUGGCUGAGAUGGAAAAGAAGGAAAGACUCGGAGAAGAAAACCUAGAUUUAUUAGAGAGCAUUUUGGAUAAAUGCUCCAAAGGGUUGUCCUCUAUUGUACAACGCUUCAAGGAAAUGAAUGGGACUAAGAGACCAGAACAAAUAUCCACAUCAGAGGAAUUUGUACCAAUAAGCGAGAGUUAUCCUCAACAGUAUGAAAACGAAUUUUGGAGCAUGAAUACAUCCAUAAUGGAAAGCAACCAUCACCAUCAUCAUGAAUCAUUUGAGAGAAUGCCGUUGAGAGUGGUUACGGAUUCAGAGAUACCGAAUACAAAUGAACCACUACAGAAUACAAUUGAUGAGAAUGAUUUUUAUCCCAUGAACCAUCGGCCUCUAGGAUACUGUCUGAUUAUUAACAACUACGACUUUAAUGGUACAUCGCUCUCUAACAGAAAGGGGACGGACAUGGAUAGAGACACUCUUACCAGAGUUUUUGAGAGGAUGAAUUUUUUAGUGGAAGAAAGAAGAGAUCUUCCAAGUGAAAAAAUUGAAGACGUAGUCCGCAAGUUUUCAGAGAAAGACCACUCUGAAAUGGAUGCUUUUGUGUGCUGCAUCCUUUCACAUGGAGAAAAGGGUUCUGUGUUUGGUGUUAAUGGUGUUACAGUUUCAAUCCGAGACCUCACUGAGCCGUUUGCCCUCUGCCAAACACUCAUGGGCAAGCCCAAACUCUUCUUUAUUCAGGCAUGCCAGGGUGAUGAGCUGCAAAGGGGUGUAUGGAUGGGUGAUGGAGCUUCUGAGGAUAAGCAAAUGUAUGUGGAUGAUGCCCAAAAAUCUGGUCUGAACAGCAUCCCCAUUAAAGCUGACUUCUUAAUUGGGAUGGCCACAGUGGAGUACUACAAGUCUUUCCGCCACACAGCAGAGGGAUCUAUUUAUAUCCAAGAGCUGUGCAAGCAGCUGGAGAUUGGCUGCCCUAGGAAUGAGGACAUCCUGUCAAUUCUUACAAAGGUGAAUGCAAGCGUGAGCACCAAAGUGCUAUCGGGACACAAGCAGAUGCCUGAACCACGAUACACUCUUACCAAGAAACUGGUACUACCAAUGGACUGAGCUAGAAGUUAAAUGAACCCUGAUGAUGAUCAUCUUAGUCUUCCGUUACACUAAAUAAAUUUCAAUAUUGUCAAUGAAA